UUUUAUUUCGACAAUUUCGCGAAAACUUCAUAAUGGGAGGAGGGCUGAAAGUCUUUUAUAUGUACUGUCACACAACUAGUGUCGUUGAUAUGGUGCAUAUAACCUAUGUUGUAAUGAUUUAUCAACUUUGUGAACGCUUCGAAAUGUUGGACACAAUAUUACUGAAGCAUUUUACGAGUGGCGGCAAUUCGGCUAUCUCACCGCAACGACGACAAAUGGAGAGAAUUCGAAUAAUUAAGUUUAUUGGUAGUCAACAUGAUAAGCUGACUGAAAUUAUGGAAAUGAUUAAUCGCUGCUAUUCACUCCAGGUCAUGGUUUACAUUGGGGUCGCAUUUGUGUAUUAUAUUUUAGUAUUUUUGGCUAUUUAUAAAUAUCUUGGGGGACAUAGUGAAAUGGAUCGUCUAUCUUUCAACCUCAUUUGUACAUUUUAUUAUGCACCGAUUACAAUACUGGUUAUUUAUAGCGGCAGUUUGAUUGCACGGAAGGGCAAAGCGAUCUUGAAGGGACUACACGAUAACAUCAAUACAUGCAAUGACUCAGAUGUGGCCGCAGAGUUGACGUAUGUAUCCCAACAAAUAGCGUAUCAACAUCCCGUGGCAACUUGUGGUCUUUUUCAUUUCGAUUGGCCCCUUUUUUACAAUAUCAUUGCGGCUAUCGCAACUUAUGUCACAUUAUUGAUUCAAUUCGAAAGGAUGAAGUGAAUCUGUACAGAGGGAAACCAAUUUUACCUUUCCACACACCUAGUGUGGGAAGGCUAUUCCAAUUUGAGUUUAACGGAAAUUUUGAAAUAUUUUCAUGCACACACAAGCACAUAAUUAAUCAACCUUGAACUAUGACAAUGGUUUUAUGAGAAUCAAAGGCCAUCACAAUUACUGAAGUUUGCCACAACACCAUAUUAUAACUAAUAAAUUGAGAGGUAGCUCGGACGAUUUAAAGAGGGUAUCCCGAGUCCGAACUUACAUGGUUUGAACAAAAACACUUUUUCUCCUCAAUCCAAACCCUCCACUACUAGGGGUUUUCAUGUAUUUUUAUUGGAUGAAAUUUGCAUUAUCGUUGCAUAUUGGCAUAUCGUUGAAAUAUCGUUGAAAUAUCGGCGGAAUAUCGGCAUAUCUGUAAAAUAUCGGUUAUAUUCGGGUAUUUUUUGAUAAUUAAUUGUUCUGGAAGUGGGUUUUGGUGGAUCCUCUGGAUGGACCAGACCAGACCAUGGUUUGACAAUCCCUUGGCCCAUCCUGAGGGUCCACUUCCAGAACAUACACUUCACAUAUCGGCCAAGAUCGGUGGAUUUUUUGCACAAAAUAGUGAAAUCGGUAAAACUUUGCAUUAUUUGAAAACAUUUGCAUCAUUUGUUAUACUCUUGUUUAUUCGUCGAAUUCGGGAAAGAAAAUCUUGCAUGAAAGCCCCUACUCCAUUUGAUACCUCACGAUUCCGUCACCUCAAACGACCAAUGAUUGCUUCAUAAAAUAUGUAAACAUAACCACUUCGC